UGUUCAGAUAUAUUCCCCUAUUGUUGUGGAAGCUGCUGGUCUGGGUGUCCAGUCGCCAUUUUGCUGUCCCGGUUCCCGGGUCGGAGGCCAGAAGAUCGGAGCAGCUGCUUUGGGGAGCAUACAAUUAACAUCGACAGUGGCAGGGAAUCAAACGGAACCAUGACAGACAUAAAGAACUUUCUGUACGCUUGGUGUGGAAAGCGUAAGGUCACUCCAAGUUAUGACAUCCGUGCAGCUGGUAACAAGAAUAGACAGAAGUUUGUUUGUGAGGUUCGGAUAGAUGGAUUUAAUUACACUGGUAUGGGAAACUCUACAAGCAAGAAGGAUGCCCAGACAAAUGCUGCCAGAGACUUUGUCAAUUACCUUGUUAGGACUGGAGCAAUGAAAGCGGAUGAGGUUCCCAGCUUGAAGGGUGUUGAACCUGAUGCUGUUGAUAGUGGUCAGAGUGGCGUGCUGGGGGAAUUGCCAUCUGAUGUUCCCUGUCCUCCUCACUUGGCUAUAAAGACUGAAACAGGUCCUGGCAAUGGAGGAGGCGGGGGAGGAGGAUUCGGUGGUUAUUGGGAACGUGGAGCCAACCUAAAGGAAUAUUAUGAGAAAAGAGAUGAACAGGAAGCCCAAGCAACUCUGGAAUCUGAAGGCUUGGAUUUGAAUGCUGGUCUUCAUGGCAACUGGACACUUGAAAAUGCCAAAGCUCAACUUAACCAAUUCUUCCAAAAAGAGAAGAUUCAAGCAGAUUAUAAGUAUUCACAAGUGGGACCUGACCACAACAGGAGUUUUAUUGCAGAGAUGACUAUUCACGUGAGACAGCUGGGAAGAAGAAUCACAGCCCGUGAACAUGGCUCAAAUAAGAAACUGGCUGCACAGUCAUGUGCGCUGUCAUUGGUCAGACAGCUUUACCAUCUGGGGGUGUUUGAAGCUUUCACUGGACACACAAAGAAAAAAGAAACAGAAAAGGUGGAACCAUAUGAUCUAAAUAUUGCUAGUGACUUGGAACGUCAGCUUGAAUCUGUUGUACAUGAACUGGGAUUGCAGCUUGUACCACCACCCGAAGACCUGAAUAAUCCAGUUUCACUUACUGUUGGAAAGCUUGCCCACUUUGAACCGUCAAUUCGACAGAAUUUUGCAGGAGUUGUACCAUGGUCACCUCCACAAGUCAACUGGAACCCUUGGACCAGUAGCAACAUUGAUGAAGGGCCUCUUGCAUAUGCAACACCAGAACAAAUCAGUAUGGAUUUAAAGAAUGAGCUACAAUAUCAGAUGCAGAAUGAUAGCAACCUGCAACAUAUACUGAAUGAAAGAAGCCAAUUACCAGUCAAAAAUUUUGAAGAUGAAAUCCUUAAAUCAGUCAAUUGCAGUCCAGUUAUCAUUAUUCGAGGUCAAACUGGGUGUGGUAAAACUACUCAGGUCCCUCAAUACAUCCUGGAUGAAUACAUUAGAAGUGGCAGAGGUUCUGAAUGUAACAUUGUAGUCACACAGCCUCGACGUAUUAGCGCUGUGUCAGUUGCAGAACGUGUUGGUUGUGAACGUGGCGAAGAACUUGGCAAGAGUUGUGGUUACAGUGUUCGUUUUGAAUCCAUAUUGCCAAGGCCACAUGGCAGCAUAAUGUUCUGUACUGUAGGUGUACUGCUGAGGAAAUUAGAAGCUGGCCUUCGUGGUAUAAGCCAUGUAAUAGUGGAUGAAAUCCAUGAGAGAGACAUUAAUACUGAUUUUCUCCUUGUGGUUUUGCGGGAUGUUGUCCAAGCUUAUCCCGACAUCCAUGUUAUUCUCAUGUCUGCCACUAUUGACACCACCAUGUUCAUGGAGUAUUACUUUAACUGUCCAAUAAUUGAAGUAUAUGGAAGAACAUUUCCUGUUCAAGAAUAUUUCUUAGAAGACUGUAUCCAGAUGACUCAAUUUGUUCCUCCUCCGAGAGACAAAAAGAAAAAGGAUAAAGAUGAGGAUGGUGGUGGAGAUGAUGAGGAGGUGAACUGUAACAAUAUUUGUGGUGAUGACUAUGGGGCAGAAACCAAACGUGCUAUGGCUCAAAUGAGUGAAAAAGAGACCCCUUUUGAACUGAUAGAAGCUUUACUCAAGUACAUUGAAACACUGGAUGUAGAUGGGGCAGUUCUUGUUUUCUUACCAGGCUGGAACUUGAUUUUCGCAAUGCAAAGACACCUGGAAACAAACCCUUACUUUGGAAGCCAUAGAUACAGAAUUCUGCCAUUACAUUCACAGAUUCCAAGGGAAGAACAGCGCAGAGUGUUUGAUCCUGUGCCAGCAGGAGUCAGAAAGGUUAUUUUGGCCACAAACAUUGCAGAAACGAGUAUUACCAUUAAUGAUGUGGUUUACGUCAUUGAUUCGUGCAAACAAAAAAUGAAACUGUUUACAUCUCACAACAACAUGACCAACUAUGCCACAGUGUGGGCUUCAAAGACCAAUUUGGAACAACGACGGGGUAGAGCAGGACGUGUCCGUCCUGGCUUCUGCUUCCAUCUCUGUAGCAGGGCACGAUUUGAGAGACUUGAAACGCACAUGACUCCAGAAAUAUUCCGCACACCUCUUCAUGAAGUUGCUCUGAGCAUCAAACUUCUUCGUCUGGGAGGAAUUGGACCAUUUUUGGCCAAAGCAAUUGAACCCCCACCACUGGAUGCAGUAAUUGAGGCAGAACACACUUUGAGAGAACUUGAUGCUUUGGAUGCUAAUGAUGAGCUGACUCCACUGGGCCGUAUCUUGGCCAGACUUCCGAUUGAACCACGCCUUGGCAAGAUGAUGAUUAUGGGCUGUAUAUUCCAUGUUGGGGAUGCAGUGUGCACCAUAUCUGCUGCUACCUGUUUUCCAGAGCCUUUUGUUAAUGAAGGCAAGCGUCUUGGCUAUGUGCACAGGAACUUUUCAGGAACCAGAUUUUCAGAUCACGUGGCUCUGCUUUCCGUUUUCCAGGCCUGGGAUGAUGCAAGAAUGGGAGGAGAAGAUGCAGAAAUGCGGUUUUGUGAUCAUAAAAGGUUAAAUAUGGCAACUUUGCGGAUGACAUGGGAAGCUAAAGUUCAGCUGAAGGAUAUCCUUAUCAAUUCUGGCUUCCCUGAAGAGUGCUUGAUAACACAAGUAUUUAACAAUACUGGACCAGAUAAUAACCUUGAUGUGGUUAUCUCACUUCUUUGCUUUGGACUUUAUCCCAACGUCUGCUACCACAAGGAAAAAAGAAAGAUCUUAACUACAGAGGGGCGCAAUGCACUUAUCCAUAAGUCUUCUGUUAAUUGUCCCUUCAGCAACCAAGAUACAAAGUAUCCUUCCCCAUUCUUUGUGUUUGGGGAAAAGAUACGAACUCGGGCUGUAUCUGCAAAGGCGAUGACGUUAGUUAGCCCACUCCAAUUGCUCUUUUAUGGUUCGAAGAAGGUAACAGCAAAUGGAGAAAUUAUUUUGAUGGAUGAAUGGAUAAAGUUGAAGAUGCCUCACUAUACAGCAGCUGGAAUUGUUGCUUUGCGUGCAGGAAUGGAGGCACUGGUUGUCGAAGUUGCCAAGGAUCCAGAAUUCAUACGUCAACUGGAUCCUACACACGAGCGGUUGUUGAACGUGAUUCGGCAAAUUUCAAAACCUGGGACAGCGGGCAUUAAUCUUAUGGCAAAUACAAGAUUUGGUGAUGGUCCCCGUCCUCCAAAAAUGGCACGUUAUGACAACCAAGGAUUUGGUGGAAGUGGGGGUGCUCGUGGUUCUAGUUAUAGGGGAGGAGGUGGUUAUGGAAGAGGCAAUGGCUAUGGUGCUUCCCGUGGCAGUUACAGUUCUGGAUACUAUGGAGGUGGAAGAGGUGGUAGUCGAGGUAGCUACCAAGGUGGUGGAUACCGGAACUACCCAAGUGGUGGUCGUGGUGGUGCUGGAGGAGGAGGAUAUGGGGGUUACCAAAGUGGUGGCUAUGGGGGCUACCAAAGUGGUGGUGGAAGUGGAGGAUACAGUAGCUACCAGAGUGGUAGUGGUGGGGGAGGAUAUGGAGGAGGAUAUGAAGGCAGAGGUACCUAUUAGAGAAAUGCAGGAGACCAAAAGUUGCAUUUGUGCAGUUUAUACGUAUUGAUAGUAAUACAGUUUUGUAUUUAAUUAUUUUCAGAACCGAAACAGUGCAUGCACAUUGCAAAUGUUGUAAUCAGUUUGUCAGUUCUUUUUAUGCAACUAUUUUCUGUACUGGUGUGUACUUUGAAGUGCAAUCUUAGAAUAAGGAAAUGUACUCUUAAACGGCAGUUUAGAAUCCCUAAGUAUAUUAAAGUUUACUUAGUGAAUCACAAGUUUUGAAUGUCUUUGACUUUCAUUGUAUUGCAGAGAAGAAAUAAAAGGGCAGUUGGAGAACAA